AUGAAGUCGAUUAUUGCAUCGGUUUUCGUGAUUUUAGCUUUCAUUCAGCUCAUGGUUGAGCCAGGACAGGCUGUGAUCACAUGUGAGCAAGUUGAUUCUGCUUUAGCCCCAUGUGUCUCCUACCUCACUCAAGGUGGUGAACCUUCAACUUUGUGCUGCAAUGGCGUCAGGAGCAUCAAAGAGAUGGCCCAGAAGCCGGAGGACAAGAGGGAUGAGUGCAAUUGCAUGAAGGAAGCUGCGAAUAAGUACUCAAAUUUGAGGGACGAAGCAGCCCAGGCACUUCCUGAUAAGUGUGGUGUCAAGAUUGAUUUCCCAGUCUCUCGACGCAUCAACUGCGCGUUGUAA